UCCCCCCUUCCCAACCCACUUCCUCUCUCCCCUCCUCCCUCAUCCCCCACAUCGCAACCUCCACAAGCAGACACGCCCAUCUCUCUCUCUCUCUCUCUCUCUCGCCUUCCAUGGUCGCUGCUGGUAUUGCUUUUUUGUCUGCGUGCUUCCCACCCUCACCUUCCUUUGUCUUGCCUCUUAUCCUCGGCCGUCGAUUCCUCUCUUUCCGCCAAUGCCAUUUUAAUUAUAUUUCCUGAAACAAGGCGACAAGAAGCCGCUCUUACGGAGCCUACUAUUACACCACUUCAUCAAACCCACCCUCCUCCGUCCCACUUGGACUUCCACCUCAUCCCUCUAAACUGGUGAUCUUAUGAUUUCCAUGGAUAUAAGCAUUUGAUAUCACCAGGAGGCUUUUCAGUUGAUUUUAUUGAAAGGACAGUUUGUCUGAACUGUUCUGGAUGGGGACAGGGGAAGAGAGCACACCUAAACCAUCCAAACAAGCUUCUACAACUCAGGAGAUAGCAACACCACCUUCGUACCCUGAUUGGUCUGGCUCUAUGCAGGCUUAUUAUGCUCCUGGAGCCACCCCACCUCCUUUUUUUGCCUCAACGGUUGCUUCACCAACUCCUCACCCCUAUCUAUGGGGGAGCCAGCAUCCUCUAAUUCCGCCGUAUGGGACACCGGUUCCGUACCCUCCUAUGUAUCCUCCAGGUGGUGUUUAUGCUCAUCCUGGUAUGGCCACGACUCCAAGCUCCGCACAGCAAAUUGUGGAACUUGAAGGUAAGGGAUCUGAUGGAAAAGAUUGUAAUUCUGCCAAAAAAUUGAAGGGAACUUGUGCUAGCACUGCUUCCAAAGCUGGAGAGAGUGGAAAGGUAGGCUCAGGAUCCGGGAACGAUGGUGUCUCGCAAAGUGUUGAAAGUGGUUCAGAGGGUUCAUCGGAUGCAAGUGAUGAGAAUACUAACCAACAGGAUUCAACUACUAACAAAAAGGGAAGCUUUGACCAGAUGCUUGUUGAUGGGGCAAAUGCACAGAACAGUUCUGGUGGCGCCAUUUCUCAGAAGCCAGCUGGCUCAAUUCCAGCAACUAAUCUGAACAUUGGAAUGGACUUGUGGAGUCCAGCUGCUGCUGGUUCGGAUGCUGUGAAAAUGAGACAUAAUCAAUCUGGUGUCUCCGCGGCUGUUGCUCCUUCGACCAUGAUGGGAAGGGAAGUUGCCCUUGGUGAACAGUGGAUACAAGAUGAACGUGAACUGAAAAGACAGAAGAGGAAGCAGUCUAAUAGAGAGUCAGCUAGGAGGUCAAGACUGCGGAAGCAGGCUGAAUGUGAAGAGUUACAGAAGAGAGUGGAGACACUAGGAAAUGAGAAUCGAACUCUAAGAGAGGAGCUCCAGAGGCUGUCUGAAGAAUGUGAGAAUCUCACAUCCGAGAAUAAUUCUAUCAAGGAAGAGUUGGAACGGCUGUGUGGACCUGAUGCAGUUGCUUGACUUGGAUAGACACGCACGCUACAGCUAAAUCUGACACUCCCCUCGGUAAAACAAAUUUGCAGCUGGGAAUGUAUGGAUGGCCUCGUCUCUCCCUCUCCCUCUCCCUCUAUAUAUAUAGAUAUUUUUUUGUCUCGCUAAUUUAUGUGAUUAACCCUCAAUUAUAAUUCCCCUGAUGAUUUACUCGUCAUAUGUUGUAAUAUUUUCGGCUGCGGAAGAGUAGGUAACGUUAGGCUAAUGGAGCACCAUAUACAUCACUGAUGCCAAAGAGCCCGGCUUCAGUUAUCUUGUAUGAGCCUCCUGAGAGAUAAGUCCGUAAUCAUUAUGUUCCCUUGGAGUCUUUCGUUUUCCGCUAUUGGUUCACGUUGAAGUGGAAUUACUUUUAGUAUUAUAACAGCUCCAUGUUUUUAA